CAAUAGUUCCUGGGGGACAAUCGCACCAUGAGGAACGGGGCUCUUCAGGUGCCACAAAGCCUUGGAGGGCCAUGGGAACCUUGACUCCAGGCUGUUCCUGCCCUUAUAUGGUGAACAUAGGCUGGGACAGGAGGGGACAAAGGUCCCCUGGGUGGUGGCACCCAGCACUUUGCCUCGGUGCACUCACCUGUGCCAGCUCUGCGGGGAAGCAGGUCCCCUUGCCUGCAGCACCAUGGUGGAGCUCAGCAGCAGAGUCAGCAGGACGCUCAACAAGACGACGGCAGGCAUCCAGAUAUGGCGAAUCGAGAGUAUGGAGAUGGUGCCAGUGCCCACCAAAAGCUACGGCAACUUCUACGAGGGGGAUUGCUAUGUCCUGCUGUCGACACGCAAGAGCGGGAGCAGCUUCAGCUACGACAUCCACUACUGGCUGGGCAAGGAGUCAAGCCAGGAUGAGCAGGGUGCGGCCGCCAUCUACACCACCCAGAUGGACGAUCACCUGGGCACGGUGGCCGUGCAGCACCGGGAGGUCCAGGGCCACGAGAGCGAGACCUUCCGAGCCUACUUCAAACAGGGACUCAUCUAUAAGAAGGGUGGCGUGGCCUCAGGAAUGAAGCACGUGGAGACAAACACCUACAACAUCCAGCGCCUGCUGCAUGUGAAGGGCAAGAAGAACGUGGUGGCAGGAGAGGUGGAAAUGAGCUGGAAGAGCUUCAACCGGGGGGACGUGUUCCUGCUGGACCUGGGGCAGCUCAUCAUCCAGUGGAACGGUCCCGAGAGCAACCGGAACGAGCGGCUGAAGGCGAUGACCCUGGCCAAGGACAUCCGUGACCGGGAGCGUGGCGGCCGUGCCAAGGUGGGAAUAGUGGAUGGGGAAGACGAGGGCUCCUCACCGGGGCUCAUGCAGGUGCUCAUGCAUGUGCUGGGUGAGAAGAGGGACAUCAAGGCGGCCAUCCCUGAUGACAAAGUGGACCAGAAGCUCAAGUCCUCCCUCAAGCUGUACCAUGUCUCCAAUGCCAGUGGGAACCUGGUGAUACAGGAGGUGGCGGUUCGACCCCUGACUCAAGACAUGCUGCUGCAUGAGGACUGCUACAUCCUUGAUCAAGGAGGUCUCAAGAUCUUUGUGUGGAAGGGCAAGAACGCCAACAAGGAGGAGAAGCAGCAGGCGAUGAGCAGGGCACUGGGCUUCAUCAAAGCCAAGAACUACCCAGCCAGCACCAGUGUGGAGACGGAAAAUGAUGGAUCCGAGUCAGCCAUCUUCAGGCAGCUCUUCCAGAAGUGGACUGUCCCCAAUCAGACCAGUGGGCUGGGGAAGACUCACACUGCAGGCAAAGUGGCCAAGGUGGAGCAGGUGAAGUUUGACGCUACCACGCUGCACGCCAAGCCCCAGAUGGCUGCCCAGCAGAAGAUGGUGGAUGAUGGAACCGGGGAGGUGGAGGUCUGGCGUGUGGAGAACCAGGAGCUGGUGCCCGUGGAGAAGAGGUGGCUGGGCCAUUUCUAUGGUGGGGACUGCUACCUGAUUCUCUACACUUACUUUGUGGGCCCCAAGGUGAACCGCAUCAUCUACAUCUGGCAGGGCCGCCAUGCCAGCACAGACGAGCUGGCCGCCUCUGCCUACCAAGCCGUCAUCCUGGACCAGAAGUACAACAACGAGCCCGUGCAGGUCCGCGUCACCAUGGGCAAGGAGCCGGCCCACCUGAUGGCCAUCUUCAAGGGCAAGAUGGUGGUGUAUGCGGGUGGCACCUCGCGGUCGGGCAGCACGGAGCCCACUCCCUCCACCCGCCUCUUCCAUGUGCACGGCACCAACGAGUUCAACACCAAGGCCUUCGAGGUGCCCGCCCGCGCCUCCUCCCUCAACUCCAAUGAUGUCUUUGUGCUCAAGACCCCCGGCUGCUGCUACCUCUGGUAUGGGAAGGGCUGCAGCGGGGACGAGCGUGAGAUGGGCAAGACAGUGGCUGACAUCAUCUCCAAGACAGAGAAGCUGGUGACCGCAGAGGGACAGGAGCCACCCGAGUUCUGGCUGGCCCUGGGGGGCAAGUCCCAGUAUGCCAACAGCAAGAGGCUGCAGGAAGAGAACCCCUCCGUGGCCCCCCGCCUCUUUGAGUGCUCCAACAAGACAGGCACCUUCUUGGCCACGGAGAUUGUAGACUUCACCCAGGAUGACCUGGAGGAGAACGAUGUUUAUGUGCUGGACACCUGGGAUCAGGUUUUCUUCUGGAUUGGGAAAGGCGCCAACGAGUCAGAGAAGGAGGCAGCGGCAGUGAUGGUGCAGGAGUACCUGCGGAGCCACCCCAGCGGGCGCGACCUCGACACCCCCAUCAUUGUGGUGAAGCAGGGCUACGAGCCCCCCACCUUCACUGGCUGGUUCCUGGCCUGGGACCCUCUCAACUGGGCUGAUAAGAAAUCCUACGAGGAGCUGAAAGCCGAGCUGGGGGACGAGAGCAGCCUCGGGCAGCUCACCUCAGCGCUCACAUCCAGGCAAGAGGUCUUCACCGCCACCACCCCCCUGCUCCCCGAAAAGCUGGAGAUCUUCCCCCUGGAUGUGCUGGUGAGCACCGCAGCCGAGGACCUGCCACGGGGUGUGGAUCCCAGCAGGAAGGAGUGCCACCUCUCCGAUCAGGAUUUCCAGGCUGUUUUCGGCAUGAGCCGCUCCGCCUUCAGCAGCCUGCCCUUGUGGAAACAACAGACGCUCAAGAAGGACAAAGGACUCUUCUAGGGCAGAGCCUGGGCACAGGGACAGCCCCGGCUUGUUGUUUCUAUCAAAUAAAAUGGAUUAUGGCAAGCAGGGCUGUGUGUACUCCUGGGCUCAGCCCAGCGGCAGGGCUUACUGGGCAAAGCGGUGGCACUUGUGGGCACACAGGGCUUAACCAGGCACCGAGGCAGCACAGGGACUCCUGUUCCCUGGGUCCUUCCUUUGCCCCCCUGCUCUUUGAUGAGACCCGCAAGCUGCCCACAGCCCAGGUCCCCAUCACGGGAGUCAGGGCUGCCCCACGCCACCCCAGUGGCACCUCGGGGGUAAAGGUCUGGCACAGAGCUGGAGCCCCUCCCUGUGCUGUCACGUGAACCUCAGUAAAUAAGGGCUGGAUCAAAGGUAAGAGCAACAGGCGACAGGCUGAUGGCAUGGAGUGUGUGUAGGGACAGACAGCAGGAAGCACCUGUGUGUCCUUGCCCUGGGAGGGAAGGAGAGCAUCUCCCUCCUUCUUAGGCUCCACAGCAAGCCAUAGAGGAACU